AUGAACGUAUUGGUGAUCGUCGCGAUAAAAACAAGACGUAGAUUACAGUCCACAUACAACAUGCUGCUGGCUUGUUUGGCAGGAACAGAUCUGGCGGUGGGUGUAGUUUCACAGCCAUUAUUCAUCGCACAAGAAAUCUACUUUCUGUCGGGUGCAUCGCUGGUGCAUUAUUGUUACUUCCUCAAACAUAUAUUUUACGUUAUUUUUAUUCCAUGUCUUGAAUCGUUGCUGAUUUUAGUAGUAAUGAGUAUUGAGCGUUACAUAGCCAUGAAGUAUUCACUUAAAUAUGCUAACAUCGUGACCACACCUAGGUUAAUUGGGGUUGUAAUUUGUAGUUGGCUUUAG